CUAUCAUUUCUUCAUCGUUGAAUAAAUACUGGGGUAGAAGUUCUUCACGAUGGACCCUGCAAAUUUGGGAGGUCAGAGAACCGUAGUCUUAGGACUGUAUGACCAUUUUAUUCGAGCGGUCAACUUCAUGGCUCCGUAUCCCUUCCUCUAUCUCUUCCCCACUAGGAGGAUCUCCCGGCACUUGUUCAAUUCAAAACAUACAUGUACAGACACUACCAUACUUCCACCUCGUGGAGUCCCAAAAACGCCUAGAAGCCGCGACAGUCUUUCACAUCAACUGCUUUCCCUUGGCCUUUGGGCAUGCUACAUGGGAGCACAAUCGGUUGUCUACUCCCGGCUAGAGUCACAUUUGCCAAAAGUUGUUGCAUCGACGCUCACCACAAUUGCCUGUGCUCCUGUCCGGCUGUCCUGGACAUAUCUAGUCACGUCUGACGAGAAUGAGAGGGAUGGUGCCUCUAUGACGUCUCUCUUCGCCAUACGACGUGCCACAUGGCAGCGCUUCAUCGCUAUAACGAUCUUGUGCGACAACUUCAAUCUUGUGGCGAGCUUAUGCCUCAAGUUUUUGUUCGACGCUAUCGCCCCGUUCCCAUCUGACGAAGAGAUACUCAGCGGCGAGGCUACGAUUUGUGUCUCGUCUUGUCUGAAAGCCGCCGCCUUGACUCUUCCAACUGCGAUGCUCCUAUGGAUUCCAGAAACAGUGAUCUCCACCUAUGCUGCUACUGCUGCACUUGACCAACAUUCGGAAGUCGACAAAGGAUGGUUGUAUGGUGUCGUAGAGGACAUUCGUAUUGGAAUCCACUCCAUGAGUUCGCAACUCUGUCAAGACCUUGCCCAGGACUACUUGAUCGGAUCCGUCAGUGUUCUAGGGAUUGCUUUCGCUCCGAUGGUCGGAUGGUUGCUGUUUCGGCGACCUGUAUGAUAACGUAACUUCAUGUAAGAGGAUGUUGUCUCGCGCCAGCAAAAGAUGUAGUCUUAAAUCCCACUCUCCUCAACCUUGCAACUACAUCUGUCGCA